AUGAACACUGGCACUACACAAAAAACUCCCAAGACUCCGAAACCAACCGCCUCCGUGCCAAUUAUCCAAAAUAAACGCUGGCCCCCUAUGGCAAACCGAAAUGCCCUUCCUUACAAGCUCACACACCUUUCCAAAGAGAAACUCGCUCGUGAAGCUACCGCACCAGACCCCGACCUUCGCCGCUGCGUGGCUCACUUUCGCCUGCACUGUGGUUCCGUCUCCUGGACCGAGAAUGAUAUGAAGUCUCGCAUCAGCUCAUUUGAUUUUGAAGACACCGAUGAUGAAGACGACGUGGAUGAGAUCAACACAGAACUGCCUGUCCUCAGGAACAGGGCUCCGGCCAACGAGACUCCAGUCGAAGCCACCGAACAAAUAUCAAUAAAAUCAGAGCCCGUCGCCGUGGUGGCAACCCCGGCAGCCCCGGCAUCACCAACGACGCCUGAAAAUUCCACCGAGCAUGGUUUUUUGGAAAAGGGUCGCAAUUGUCUUGAGGCGACCUCCAAACACCUAUGGACAGGGGGAUCUUGCAUGGUUUCCCCAAUCGCGGGUUGA